UAUGUGUUCUGUGCAGAUGUUUGAAUUUAUUCUCAACAGCUUCAUCCUCAGUUCUCCUGCUCUACACUAGGAUUUUGAUGGUUUCAUCCACUGGUGACUCCUAGUUGUAUUUAUAGAUUAAUCUUACAGUAAAAUGUUAACAUGAAGAAACAGAAAUGCCCACAACUUGUACUAUCAGUUAUUGAUAGAGGUCCUGUACAUAGAAACUUACUAAUGUUGAUAGAUGUGUGUGAUAAUUUAUGAAGUUAACGAAUUUUACAGCUGUAAUGACUCAAGGUAACCAUCACUAUAAUGAUUACAGAUCAUCAGAACUAUGUCACUAAAUCCUCUCUCCAAUAUUUACAACCACAUUUUGACUUAUUUUACUCAUUUCUGCAUCAUUCUCUGUAACAGCGAAUGCCACCUCAGGAAAACAUCCUACAGCAGGAACACUGCUUGUCGUAGUGCUGUCAGUAAUCAGUGCCAGUGCUGUACUGGUUGGAGUGGUCAUCUUUCUCUGCAAAAAGCAGAGGGCUGCCAGUUAGAAACUCUCAGGCCUAAAGUCAGUUCAGCCAUUGGAGAUCAGGGAGACAUGAUGGCCGUGCUCAGUGUGGAGGAAUGCAGUCCAGGAGCUGCUGGAACCUACUCACUGAUUACCACAGUGGCCGCACCCUCCCAGCCAUCAGGAAGUACGAUGCCCAUUCAAAACAUGGAUGAUUCUGAUCCACAAGCUGUUACGUACUCAGAGAUCACCUUAAUAGCAGCUCCGCUUGAGCCCCCAGGAAGUACGAUGCCCAUUCAAAACAUGGAUGAUUCUGAUUCACAAGCUGUGACGUACUCAGAGAUCACCUCAAUAGCAGCUCCACUUGAGCCCCCAGGUCCCAGUAAAAAGGGAAAAGAAAACUCUAAGAAGGCUGAGAGUGAUGUGUAUCACACAUACUGCACCAUCCCUGACAUCACUGUGGCCUCCAAACAGACAGAUUCAGUCUACAGCCUGAUACAGAAGUAAUGAUACUUUUACUUUUACUUUUUUAGUCUUAUAUAUUUCACAGUAUUAUAACUCCAGAAUCAACAGUUUUCUAUUGCAAAUACUUGUUAUUGUCACUAGUUGACUAAUAGUGUGCAAUACAUGCUUUAAUAUACUAAGAUACAUAUCUUUGCACUUUUAUGAGUUCAUACAGUGUGGCUGAAAUGUGAGCGAAGCUAUCCUUUUAUUAUAUAUUCAUAUAUUGUGUAAGACACAUAUAUAGCAGAUUGCUGCCUUUA